AUGAGGGCUGUUGGUUUGCUGCUGCUGCUGCUGGCUCUGUGUGGGUCAGGAGCUCAGGGGGAGCUUCAGGAGACGGAGACCACAAAGACAACCACACCUGACAUCUGGGCGGAGGUGAGGGCUCUGAGAGAAAUGGUGGAUCUGCUGCAGAGAGAGAACUCAGAGAGGAAGGUGGCCUUUUACACAGGUCUGACUGAUGACGGAUAUGUUGGACCAUUCAAGACAGACACCACACUGAAAUACAGCAGAGUCUUCACCAACGUCGGCGAUGCUUACAAUCCAUCUACAGGUUUCUUCACAGCUCCAGUCAGAGGGGUCUACUACUUCCAGUUCACUAUGGGUGGUCGCCAAGCAGGUCGCAUGGGUGUAGAGGUGUUCAAGAACAACCAGAGGAUCAUGUGGAAUGGGGAGACUAAGGAAGAGUUUGGGACUGAAUACUUGACUAACUCUGUUGUCUUGGAGCUGAUGGCAGGAGAUGAAAUCCACCUCGUUCUCUCAGACGGCUUUUCUCUCUAUGACAAUACAGACAACCACAACACCUUCAGUGGCUCCCUCCUCUUCACACUGUGA